AUGAGCUCUCAGACUGCAACAGCCCAGAACCCCUCUUUCAUUCUCGAAGGAAUCCACCAGGUGAAGUUCGAGGACCGCCCUGUCCCAGAGCUCAGAAGCCCCCACGAUGUCAUCGUGAACGUCAAGUUCACUGGAAUUUGCGGCAGCGAUGUUCAUUAUUGGGACCAUGGCGCGAUCGGACAAUUCGUGUUGAAGGAGCCCAUGGUUUUAGGCCACGAAUCAUCAGGAGUCAUUAGCGAAGUUGGCUCCGCGGUUACCAGCCUGAAAGUCGGCGAUCGCGUUGCAAUGGAGCCUGGUAUCCCGUGCCGCCGAUGCGAGCCUUGCAAAGCGGGCAAGUACAACCUUUGUCAAAAGAUGGCUUUCGCUGCCACCCCACCCUAUGACGGUACUCUAGCCAAGUACUACAUUUUGCCUGAAGACUUUUGCUAUAAACUGCCUCAGUCAAUCAGCCUCCCCGAGGGUGCACUGAUGGAGCCACUUGGCGUUGCCGUACACAUCGUGAGACAAGCCAGCGUCACCCCAGGGCAAACUGUUGUUGUCUUCGGAGCUGGCCCAGUUGGCCUGCUGUGCUGUGCUGUGGCCAAAGCCUUCGGUGCAGCCAAGAUCGUUGCUGUAGACAUCCAGAAGCCAAGAUUGGAGUUUGCGAAGCAGUUCGCUGCAACAGCCAUAUUUGAGCCAUCUAGGGUUUCCGCUGCGGAAAACGCAGCCGGUAUGAUCGAGGAAAAUGACCUUGGUCGCGGUGCAGAUGUUGCGAUCGACGCCUCCGGCGUUGAGCCAUCUGUCCAUACAGGUAUCCAUGUCCUUCGCCCUGGCGGUACUUAUGUGCAAGGAGGUAUGGGUAGAAGCGAGAUGAACUUCCCCAUCAUGGCGGCUUGUACAAAGGAAUUGAACCUGAAAGGGAGCUUCCGUUACGGCAGCGGCGAUUAUAAGCUUGCGGUUCAACUUGUGGCUUCUGGUCGGAUUGACGUGAAGAAAUUGAUCUCUGGGACCGUGAAAUUCGAAGACGCCGAACAAGCGUUCAAGGACGUCAAGGCCGGAAAGGGCAUCAAAACGCUCAUUGCUGGCCCUGAAACUAACAUAUAG